AUGUCUUAUUACGAUAAUCAACAAUGGUCUGCCGCUGGGCAACCUUCAUGGGAGCAACAAGCCCCACCAGCUCGUUCUGGUGCCAGCUCAGUUGUUCCGCGCGAGGACUCCACUGCAUUCAGCACACAAAUCGAGGAUGUCGAUCGUGCCAUUGAUAAUCUAGUCAAGAGUGGAAAGAUGUUCAACUUACCGGCUGGUAAUCGUCGCGAUUCCAUGCCAAUGGUUGGUCCUACAAGAACCUUCCCAGAACAGUUCGAUCCUCGAAUGGCUGCUGGUCCUCCACGACACCACUCGGUUAGCGAAUUCGGUGAUGCUCGGUCUUUCUCGGGAUCCAAUCUUCAGAACUUCUAUGCCAGCCAGCGACACCAACCAGCAAGAGGCGCAAAUGAAGCCGAACAAGUGAUGCAGGCGAAGAGGAGAAUGGCAGCUCAGCGUGAGAGAGAACUGCGCAACUAUCAUCAAGAGCAGCAGUAUAACCGAAGCGUUACAGCUGAAAUCUUGGGAGGCAAACCAGACCGUAUCGCAAGCCCCGCUAGCGGUAUGAGCGAAGAAGAACGUCGUGAGUUGAUUGCCCGUCAAAGAAGUGCUCUCUAUGGAGAAGGUCCAGCGUUCAAUGCGGAAAAUGGAGGUUUUGAUGAAAAUGGUACCCCGCGCACAAUCACUCAGGGAUCUACCUCGCAAAAUCUUAAUGCUGCUCCCGGCGCCACCCGAGGACACUCCCCUCUUGCCUUUGACCACUUCAAUGCUCAGGCUAGUCAAACGGAAAGCGCAAAUCAGCAAAACACCAUCGAACCUCAAUCGGCCACAACGGCACAAGGUCCAGGCCAACAACGUUCUCGUGCUAACAGCACCUCUUCUCCAUCCUCCAACCCUACCAGCUUUAGCUUGUUCGAAUCUGCUGCUCAACAGUCUAGUCGAACUUCUACCUCAUCUCCUGGUGGGUCUCCACCACGCCAAGGAGGUAAGGCACCUGCUAGUGGUGUUGCACCUAUCGGCACUCGGCCCAGUGGUCAAGCCGCCAAUCCAGCUUUGAACAAACGAUCUACUACUCCUUUGCCAUCGCCAUUGAGCUAUGGCUUUGCCGCCAAUGAUUCGAUUACUGAAUCCAAGGAUGCUAGAACGACUUCAGCUUCAUCAAACCCAAAUCCACAAGGACAGAGUGAAAGUGGAUUGGGAUGGGGAUCCAAGAGUGCUGUUUGGGGUAACAAGAAUCUUGGUGUACAGGCUUCAGUAUGGGGAUAA